AUGAUGCAAGGAAGGAUCGGUUUCUCUUUUUGCCCCAACUGGCAGCAGGGAGUGAAUGAGGCAGUAGCACUUCGGUGCGCCAGGAGAGCGCUCCCCACAGACCACCGCAGCACGCUCUGCAACCGAGGAACACUGCGUCACAAGCGACGGUGCUAUGGAGUGCUGCCAGUCAAAAGAGGAGCUGCACGGCGUCUUCUCUGGUGCUCGUCGAGCUCUGAAAGUGCGUACGAGGACUCUGCCCAGUCGCUGCGGAAGGGUGCAGAGGUAGCGCGCACGUCGCCUGCUCACGCCGCAUCAGGCAGCGUAACACCAGCAAAGCCGAGUUCGGCCUCAAAUUCCAUCUGGCAACCGGACUAUUCGACGGAGCGACCGGACUGGGCGCCAGCGUGGCUACCAGCCUUUGUGUAUCGGAUGCCUGCGUUGGUACAAGUUGUUGUCGUUCUGGCGUUUUACGCUUUUCACCUGCUCGUGUUGUCGCGUCACUCGUGGGCACCUCCGGGAGCGUUCCAGCCGCUGCUGCGGAAGAUUGUGCUUGCUGCUCCACAUACGGCGUCGUUCGCGGAUCCUCUGGAUAAACCGAACGCCAAGGCAGCUGCAGAGGCGCUGGAGGCAAUUGCCUCCGGCAAGGAACCGGUCACAGUCGGAUACGACUCCAUAGCGGGUCUUGUUUUGAUCCUCGUCAUCCUCUGGUUCCGUUGGAUGGCCCGAAAGCGAAACCCUCAGCGAUACACCGUUUUGCCGCCACUGAUCCGUCCAAUGCCGAGCCGCGGCCUCCCGUGGGAGCUCCCCAAGACCGCCCGGUCCAAGAUCGGCAUGACAACGCUGAUGCUGCUCGGUGCCUACCUGCUCUCUGGAUACGGUGCCGUUGUAUGUGAGCAGGUAUUAUUGUUUUUGAGCGUAAUAGGAUUACCAUUGACGGUGCCGACAUUGCGUGCGUUGAAAGUGCUGCUAGGGCACCUGAUGUGGGUAUUCAUGGGCGUCAAGAUUCUCGGCAAUAACCUGAAGCCUUUCUUUCCUCCUCGUGGAAAAUGGAUGAGAGCACGGGUGCACUCGAACUGGUGCUGGUGGGCAAUUGGCGUCUACUAUGUUAGCAGCCUGCUCUUCAAUAUCGCUGACUUUGUGAACCAGUUUAUCGUUCCACAGAACAUUCUCAACGAAGAGAGCGUCGUCAGCAAAUUGAUUCACCCCGAGAACCAAGACGGUAUCGCGAUGGCAAUUGGAUCUAUUGGCCCAUGUAUAACAGCACCGGUUUUCGAGGAAGUUCUCUACAGAGGUUACUUGCUUCCAGCAAUCGCCUGUUUCAUGCCAGUAUGGCUGGCUAUACCAGUGAGCAGCGUGCUAUUUGCUGCGCACCACCUGAACCUCGGCGGUAUGCUGCCGCUCUCGGUCCUCGGCUGGGCCUGGGCGUAUACUUACGUGAUGAGCGGCAAUCUGUUUGUUUGCGCAUUCACGCAUGGUCUGUGGAAUUCGCGGGUGUUUUUGAGCUCCUUAUUGGGAUUCGAUUAG